GCCUCUAUUUUGGGUUUCCCAAGCUGAUUCACAAGAAAUUUGGUAAGGGUUAGACAUCGUCUGGCUCCUUUUUGAUUGUGAAUCGUGUAGAAUAUACGAAACUAACUCUCGUGAUAAUGCCGGAUUCAGAAACCACACCCCUUCUCCACAAAUCAAAUGAGGAGGCUUCUCGGGUCCGUUUAAGCCCGGAUUCGGAUUCAAGCAUACCUCGUGUUCUGAACUCAGAGGUAGACGCAGCUGAUGUUGAAGAAUAUCAUGGAUCUGAGGGGACCGAUGGAACCGUGGUUACUGAGGACUAUUCCUCCUCAAAUGUUCCUGAGGAGAGCUCUCCAGCCAUCACUACUCGUCAAUAUUUAAUUGUCACGGUUCUCCUGAUCGCCACUCUGACCUCCUCGUUUGCCGUUUGUUUGUUCCCGCCAUUUUUUCCCAAGAUUGCCGAGGAAAAAGGCUGUAGUGCUACGGCUUAUGGCUUCAUUAUAGGCACCAACUGUCUCACUUCCUUUAUUGUCACGCCUUUUAUUGGCAAAAACUUGAGAAUUAUUGGCUUACGGUUUGCUUUGAUCGUGGGGAUGUUUACGGGCGGUGUGUGCUGCUUCCUAUCUGGGUUUCUCGAGUUCUUCUCGCCUGAUUGGAGUUUUGUGGCCUUGGCAGUUUUAAUUCGAGUAAUCCAUGCGACUGGAAACGCCCUCGUCAUCACUGCCACAUUCACCUACUCGUCCAUUGAGUUUUCUAAUUCAGUGGGACAAAUAUUUAGUUUGACAAGAACCGCCAUGAACUUGGCCCAACUCUUUGGACCUUCCAUUGGUGGCUUAAUUUAUGGAUUUGGCGGCUUCUACGUUCCUUUUGUGUUCAUGGGCAGUGUCCAAAUCAUCAUGUCCUUAGUCAGUAUACCCCUGCUUCCCCAAUGUAGAUCCUCUAGUCCUCAAAUGAGAGCAUAUCGUUUCAACCGCCCCGUGACCAUUCCUAAUAUGUUGAGCAUCCCCCUGAUCUGGUUUAGUUUCAUCUCGUUUAUUGCGGCCACUGCCUGCAAUGGUUUCCUAUCCAUCAACCUUGAGCCUCAGGUUUUACGAACCUUCGACCUAUCGCCGUUCUACGUGGGACUUCUCUUCGGUUUGAAAGAUGGCGCCAAUUCAAUCGCUUCUCCAAUUUGGGGCUACCUUUGCGAUAAAAGCCGUCAUAGCUCUGUGAAGCCUUACAUCGUGUUGAGCGCCUUAACGACGGGUGCUUCCUUCUUCCUACUGGGCGGAUCCAAUGUGAUCGGAAUCCAUUUGGGGCUUAAACUUCCGCUGGUAAUUACCGCUCUGAGUCUCAAUGGAGUGGGUAUCGGCGGGGAGCAAGUGGCUGGAAUUGUGGAUGCUCUAAACGAGGCUUCUAAUGCGGGUUAUCCGAAUGACCCGAGUAUGCAUGGUCUUAUCGCAGGACUAUGGUCCUCUUUGAGUGGGGCGGGUCGCUUUGUUUCCCGAGCAGGAUCCGGUUUCCUGGUGGACCAUUUUGGCUUCGACCAAACCGCAGCCUUGGCCACUGGUCUUCAAGGAUUACUCGCUGGUGUCACUUUGGCCUAUGUUCUGCUCUGUGAGUGUCGGGUCCAGAUUAGAGGCUCGGCUCGGAAGCGUUCCACCCGUUGGGAAUCCUCAGGUUCCGAGGAUGAAAGCGACGAGAAUGGCGACGAAAACCCACCCGUAUUCCGAUCCAACAAUCCAACCCAAGGCCAUUCAUCUCGAUCAGUUCAAAUUGACAUUCCGCCCAACCGACGCCAUCGCCGCCCUCGGGCUUAUACCCAGCCCAAACGACCCCAUAGUCAUCGUGAGCGGAGACACUCGACGCCCAGUUAUGGAGACUACCUGGCCGCUUCCAUUGAUUGAGUGCACUCGGGCCAAUGUAUCCCAAUUUUAAGUCGACCGAUCCUUCUUAGUAUUGUAUGCCGCACGUUACCAUAGAAAUGCAUUUUAACCAAAACCAA